AUGAGUAGCUUAAAAAUUCUCUUUACAUUUGUUUUUAUGAUAAAUGGGCAACUAAAUACAUCAGGAGAUAACAAUGUCAGUGGAAACAAUAUAAUUAAAAGGAGGACAAAGGAAUAUUUAGAGCUUUGUCCUUACACAGACACUUGUUACACUAACGUGUCAAAACCGGAUGAAAUUAUAUUUGGAAUGGCUCUACCGUGUUGUAACCCGUGUAGAUGUGAUAUAGACUGUGGACGGAACUGCUGUCCAGAUAUAUCAGUGGAUUUCGAAAACGAAGAAAAAAUCUAUGAAGCUAAAGAAAUACACCAAUGCGUCGACGCACAAUAUAGACCUUAUGAUACUAGAAUAUCAAACGGACGGUCUUUAGAAAUGAUUUCAAAAUGUCCGUACAAAUAUAACGAUACUGAAAUUGCAGCAAAAUGUGCACGAGAGUAUCACGCAGUAUCGUUUGAUGUGCCGUUAAGAUAUAUUCUUCCUGGAUACGAUAAUUUAACUGAUUCCAUUUACAAAAAUAUUUUCUGUGCUAUUUGUCACAAAGUUGAGUUGGAUAGUUUAGUUUUUGGGCGUAUAAGUAUUGAAUGUAAAGAUGCAACAAGAAAUAUAACAUAUAUUCGCGACUUAACCGUUAUACCAGACCCAGGAGACGAGGACGGUUGCAAUGUAUUGUUUAAAAUACCAGAAAAAAUCGACGCGAUUCCCUGGGCAAUGAAAACAUGUGACAGGACAUUUAUUGAUCGUUGUAAUUUUACAGGGCAAUGGCAGUCGUACGAUAGUCAUUUGGAGCAGGCUUGCUUAUCAUAUGAAUCAGUAUACAACAAUUUCAGGAAUGUACAUUGCUUGUUAUGUAAUGGCUUAAAUAAAAGUGAAGUGAAACGUACAUGUCAGUAUCCAGAUUUCUAUUAUGAUUAUACAGCAAUCGUUGAAAGGGAAAUGUUUAAUUUCAUUACACUUCUCAACUGGAACACAAAGGAAGACGUCGUUCUCCUUGGAAACACAAAACAACAAACAAAUUUAAAUGAGCAAUGUCUGCAAAAUAGUUUAUUGGAUCCCUUGAGGAAAAAAAAAGCACUUCAGAAUCAUAAGAAUGUACUGAAAAGAGAAUAUGUGGGUAAUUUAUUACGGCCUACAUUACGUAUACCAUUUACUCUGUUAAUAGGUCUCAAUCCACAUUUAACCUCAAACCAGUCGGUAUUUAAACCAUUAACUCUAACACAUGAGGACACUAGAGAAGACUGGCUGUUGCAAUGCCCCCGUGGAAUGGUGAUGAUAAAUAGGAUGUGCUUACCUCCACACAGAUUUAUAUCAUCGGAUCUUCUGAUGGAAAUAAACCUUAUUCUUGAACCAUACGAUGUUCAAAAGCAAGACAAACUCGCGCUGAAUAAAAUUAUUUCAGUUAUAUUAGAUGAAAUGGAGUUGAAGAAGUCAUUGCUGAUCACAAGGAAUGUAGAGCUGCAAAACAUGAAAUGUUCUUUAAAAUUCAAAACAGACUUAGGUGGGACAAAUCCUAUAAGUAAAGUUAUUGCGUUAGAAUCCGUACAGUAUGUUAAAGUUAACAUUCAAAUUUUGAUUUAUAACGCAGAGGAAGAUUUACUUGGAACUGUUCUUGACUUCGCACUGGUAUUUACCAACAUUUCAAGUAUCGGCAAUGUCUUCAAAGCUUACUUUCAUCAUUUUGACCAUUUCUUUAUUGAACAACGCCCGCUAAAGUCUAAUUGUGUAAAUGUUCCAAAUCUACCUCUGUUUCAACUAUGUCUAGAAAACAAAAUUCCAAAAGAAAGGAUGCUGUAUUUUGAGGUUUUACGCAAACAAGAGACAGUAUAUGUGAAUGAAUCAUAUAUAGAAAUUAGCUUGGAACAAGAACCUUUUUGCCCGAGAAUCGCUCUUCCUAAACUGACGUUCAUGAAUUGUAAUGAGUCUACAAUUUACACAAACAAUUUUCUUUCUACACGGCUUACAGAAAAUGAAACACACAUGUUCUUUUGUCAUGAAGACUUUUUUCAACAUCUGGACAGUCUUCACACAAACCAAGUCAUAGUCAAGCAGAAAGUAGAGUCAGGGGUUAAUAUUCGCGGCGGAGUAACCUAUUUGACCAUUGUUUGUUUAAGUAUUUCAUUGUUGUCUCUUGUGUUGACACUUACAGUGUAUUCAGUCUAUCCAGCACUACGGUCUUUACCAGGACUUAACAACAUGGCUUUAGUUACAAGUUUGAUAAUUUUUCAGGCAAUAUCAUUGGUGAGUACUGUUACAAAUAUCAACAUUAGUUGGCUUUGCAGUUUAUUUGGUGCAGUUCAUCACUUCUCUCUAACUUUAUCUUUUGCUUGGAUGUUUGUGUGUACUUUUCAUAUGAUGAAGGUAUUUGUUAAGAUCAGAAAUCGAUCUGUUGGCAGGAAUGACUUUCGAACCUUUGUUUCGUAUAUUGUUUUUACGACAAGUGUUUCGCUAUCGACUGUUUCCAUAACGAUUGUUGUUGCAGCCGUUCAGUCUGAGGGCGAAGACAUAGGCUACGGCGGUGCCACCUGCUACAUCAAGGAUCCAGCUAAUGUUCUAUUUCUUGUUGCUUUACCAGUUGCUAUAGUGGUUUUUGCCAACAUUUUUAUGUUUUGUGUUGUUGUUUUUAAAAUACAUAAACAUCCGACACUUUCCUCUUCCAAUCCAAAAGAACGUCACAAUAUAACAAUUUUUGCGAAGUUAUCGACGAUAACCGGGAUGACUUGGAUCUUUGGGUUCAUUUAUAUUUUUAUAUUCUGA